AUGGCCACACCAAGCACAAUCAACUCUGAAAAUAGCCUCUACUCGGAAUACCAUCAAAAGUUUCAAUCCACCCCAUUGCCCCAAAAUGAAGAAGAAUGGUUUUCACGAGCAUCGGAAAUUUCCCAAAUCUUUUCCAAGGACGCCGCGCAAAGAGACAUUGACAACAAGUCGCCCCACGAUGAAGUAUCAUUGUUAAAAUCAUCCGGUUUACUCAAACUAUUGGGACCAAAGGAAUAUGGAGGAGGUGGACAGUCCUGGGAUGUAGGGUACAAGGCAAUCAGGGAAGUAGCUAAAGGUGACGGAUCUUUGGGUAUGCUCCUUGGGUAUCAUUUGCUUUGGUCGACGACAGCAAACGUUGUGGGAACAGAUGAGCAGAGAAAUCGAUUGCAAAAGGAGAUAAUUGAGAAUAAUUAUUUCAUUGGAGGUGCCGUCAAUCCGCGAGAUUCCGAUUUAAGCAUUAAAUCUGAUGGUGAUCACAUUAUCUUCAAUGGCCAGAAGCACUUCAACACUGGUGGUGUCGUAUCUGAUAUAUCAAUUCUCGAGGGUGUACUUGAGGGAACUGAAAACCAUAUCUUCGCCGCGGUGCCAACAAGACAGCAGGGCAUUCAAUUUGCUUACAAUUGGAACAACAUUGGGCUAAGACUCACCGAAUCCGGUGGUGUGAAGAUUGAAAAUGUUAGAGUUCCAUGGACAGAUGCUCUGGGUUGGAAUGCCGAAACUAAGGAACCUCUUCCUCAAAUUCUUGGUGUUCCUUUCGCCACUCUUCUCCUUCCUACUAUUCAGUUGAAUUUUGCAAACUUUUAUAUCGGAAUCGCUCUCGGCGCUAUUGAAUCAGCCGCAAAGUAUACAACUACACAAACUCGAGCUUGGCCUUUUGGUGGCGACAAUAAAGAUAGUCCCACAGAAGAAUGGUACAUUCUCGAGAGGUAUGGCACAUUCCAUGCACAUCUUUCAGCAGUCGUAGCUUUAGCAAAUUCCGUAGGUAAAAAGGUGGCAGACAUAUAUGCAAAACAUCAAGAGAAACGUUCAGUAUCUGCAAGGGAGAGAGGAGAAUUGGCCGAGGCAGUUGCGGCCGUGAAGGUUGUUUCGACAGAUAUUGGCUUGAAAGUAACAAGCGGGGUUUUUGAAAUGACUGGGGCAAGAGCAACGAGUAGAAAGGUUGGAUUGGAUCGGUUUUGGCGUGAUAUUAGGACUCAUAGUCUUCAUGAUCCUGUUGCUUAUAAAAAGAGAGAGCUUGGGCGGUGGGCAUUGUUAGGAGAAAUCCCGGAACCGACUUGGUAUACUUAG